ACUUACACUUUUUUCAUUUCCCAUCUCAGAAUCUGGACCCCUGCAUGCCCGAUCCGUGCCAGAAGGGCAGAGGUGACUGUAUCCGGAAGUCAGACUAUGACUGGGAGUGCGCAUGCUUCAAGGGCUACAAGGGAGUUCACUGUGAGGAAGUGGACGCUUGUGAGAUCAACGAAGACCCGUGCAACUCUAAAGGCACGUGUGUGCCUGAAGGCAACGACUACUAUUGCAUUUGUUCCCCGGGUUCAUUAGGCAAGCAGUGUGAGACUGGGGACCCUUGCUACCUCGAGCCCUGCCGCAACCACGGGGUAUGCUCUGUUAGUGAAACCGGCUCCUAUCAGUGUCAAUGUAAGCCAGGUUUCUCUGGGAGUGAAUGCCAAACUCAAGACAAAUGCCACGGGGUGAGCUGUGGCAACGGCACCUGUAUUUUGAACGACGUGACUGAGGAGAACAGCACCAGCUGCAACUGCACUCUUGGAUUCUACGGUGACUCUUGUGAGAACUAUGACGUGUGUCGGACGUCACCCUGUAACGACCAUGGCACGUGCGAGAGCGCGAGAGGUUCAGGUGACCCCGAGGGUCAUCAGUCUGCCAACAAGUGCACCUGCUUUGACGAGUGGUACGGGGACACCUGUGAAUACCUCAAUAUGUGUGUGAUGGAAAUGUGUAAGAACGGCGCAACAUGCCGGAACAUUCCGCCUGACAAGUACAAGUGCCAGUGCCGGGACGGCUUUAGCGGGCCUGACUGCUCCGUGUUUGACCCUUGCAGCGUGCACGAGUGCCUGAACGGGGGCCGGUGCAGGACGGUGAGCAGCACGCGCUAUGAGUGUGUGUGCUCGAACGAGUGGGUGGGGGCCCGAUGUGAGGCCGAGAACCCUUGCUCACAGGACAGGAAUCCUUGUCAGAAUCAGGGCCGGUGUGAAGUAACACACGACCAAGCAGGAUUGUUGACGCCAUUGUCGGGGACAUUCGCCACAGGCCAAGGAAAUGUUCAGGCUCGCCCCGUCAACAUCCCACAGUACAAAGCCACCUGCAAGUGUACGCAAGGUCAUCUGGGCACAUUCUGUGAGUUUGUCGACCCGUGUCUCCGCAAACCGUGUGAGCACGGAGAGUGCAAACACCGGGAGUUUGAGGAUUUCAAUGCCGGCACAACCCCAGCGCCGCUUGCCAGUGGUACAGGGAGUGGGUUUUCCCGGAUUGCCUACCCGGAGAGUGCGGACGAUAUUCUGUACUGCGACUGCGAGGCGAAUUAUACGGGACGUCUUUGCAAUGUCGAGGUGCUGUCCUGUAGGAAUAUCUUUUGUCUGAACGGCGGAGACUGUCUACACGGAGAAUGCGUUUGUCCAGAAGAUUUCACAGAACUCACUGGCAAAACAGAAACUACUCAAACUUUCCCAGGCAAAGAUUAUGAAAUGUUAACGAACAUAAAGAAAUUCUUACGUAUUUCAAAAACUCAUUUGGUGGCUACGCAAAAUAUCGAAGCGUUGACAGAAAGAUCCGAAUUUGAUGCGACAGUCGAACGUAUGGGACAAACUGGUGACGAGAAUGUUGAGCGGUCGUCUGACUACUUUCCAGAAAUAUCUGUUGGCAUCAAUAUAAUUGUGACUUCCAAAUACCCGGGCAACACUCUGGAGGAAGUUACGGUCUCAAAUGACAUAUCAUUGAUCUUCUCAGCCACUGUCAUACACGCCAGUAAGACACUAUGUUUAAGUCCCACGCCAACCACUGCGGUAACAGAGACGGACGACCAUGUUUUAGCCGUAUCAACAUUUGCGACUCCCGACAGCGCUUUGGAAUUGCAUCCCACUUAUGAGCCAAAUUUCGAAAUGGAGACUUCCCCCAACCUCAUCGAUCCUUCAUUCAGCAACCCACAGUACGUAUUUUCACCCACCCAGGAGGAUCUACCUCUCAGUGACCACAGACGCUCUGUACGAGCUGCUUUCUCCGCGAACAUUGAUGUCCCCGGUGACCAACGCUGGACGAGCACUGAAACAGGUUAUUCCGUCGUUUUUACUGACUUUUAG